AUGUUACCGAAUCAAUCAGAAGAUUAUCCUUGUCUACCGCAUGCACUAAUCCUUCCUCACUCAAGUAUACUUUUUCUACGUGCGGUGAAUUCGAGUACGAUUGAUCAAAGUGUAGCAAAAUUUGACGCGGAAGCUAUUAUCACUAAAGGUGCACGUGCUACUAAUGCGCCCGUUUCUGGAUGUAAAUAUAUCAUGACAUCUACAACCGAAGAUUUUGAUCGCGCCCAACCAAUACUUUCUCAAAUGGGAAAAAACAUUAUACACUGUGGAAAAUCAGGUAGUGGUCAAAUAACAAAAACGUGUAACAUGCUUCUUGCUAUCUCCAUGAUCAGCGUUUCGAAAACGAUGAGCCUCGGUAUAAACCCAAAAUUACUAGCUAUCAUUCUUAUCCUUCAACGGGCAGAUGUUGGUCCAGCGAUACUAUUAACCCAGUACGGUAUUCUGCCGAGCAAUGACUACAAAGGUGGCUUUGUAGCCACAUUGAUAGCCAAAGAUUUAUGA